CCGCCGGAGGGGCGGGCAGAGGAGAGGCGCGUGCCCGCAGGCCGCCUGGGAGGUCACGUGUGCGGUGGGGAGGGCAACGGCAGGGACAUGCUGGGGCUGCUGGAGAAGCUGCCGCCGGGCCAGGCCCUGGAGUUCCUUCAUAAAAUAGUCGAUGGCAUAUGUGGCCGUGCAUAUCCUCGAUACCAGGAUUAUGGUAGUAUUUGGAGCUUGACGGAGUGGAUGGAGGUUUUAGAAGAAACGAUGACAUAUUUCAAAACCACAGUUGGCAAAAACAUAUCUGAUGAAGAGGCUGCUGAACAGAUGAAUGAGUUAAAUUCGAACUAUCAAGAGGCAAUCACAAAAUGUCUAAAAGGCAGAAAGGAAGAAAUCAGGAAUGCACUAGUAGAAAGAGUAAAUGCAAUCUCUUCUGCUCAGCUGCAGGAUUUUGACUGGCAGUUAAAGCUUGCUCUCUCCAGUGAUAAAAUCUCCAUGCUGCAAAUGCCACUUCUCAAUCUUGAUUUGGAUGUGAGAGAAAAUGGUGAAAUUAAACCAAUCUCCAUAGAAAUGAAUAAGGAGGAGUUACAGAACCUAAUAAAUGCAUUGGAAGCUGCUAAUAAGGUUAUCUUGCAACUGAAGUGAUGGUAUUGAGACGAUUGACAGCAUCUGCUGUUGCUGGCUCCACAGGUGACUUGGGAAAAUAACAGAAAUAUUCUCUACAAAGCCAAAAGCUAUUGAUGCAAUAAAAUACUGAACUGAGCAGGCAGUACUGACUUGUGACCAAAUAAACUAUUACUCCUUUGCAAAUAGAAACAUCUUAGAUUUGCUAGACUAAAAUAAUCCAAAUCAAAUGUACAGUUGCUUUCAGUACUAAAAAUAUAUAGAACUAUGAACGAUGUAAAUAUCAUUGACAUGCAUUUGCAUAUUUGCUUUUAUUAAUUUUCGGGGGCGAUUGCACACCUUCCUGGGAAGACUUAUGUAACACAUGAUCCUUACAAAGGUGCAAUGAUAAUGAAGAACAUGACAGCAGAGCUGUGGCAUUAAUGUAUUUAUACUUGUAAAUAGUAAACAAUUGAUUUUUUUGUGUGUGAAUAACUGCAAUAAAUAGUUUCUUGAUUUAAUAA